AUGAAGCUCAAGAGCCUCCUGCUCAGAUAUUACCCGCCAGGAAUCCUGCUGGAAUAUGAAAAAAGUGGAGAACUGAGGACCAAAUCCAUAGACUUACUUGAGCUCAGUUCUAGGAUAAUUUCUGACAUGCAAAAUGUGUUCUGCGUGAUUUUCAGCACCGACGUUGGGGCCUUGGUAGAAGAGAUACAGAAAGUCGAGCCCCUGAUCACAACCUCGCGAACGCAGCAGGUCACACUGCUGGUCCAGAGGCUGCAGGAGAAACUCGCCCAGCACAGCGACCACAGUUUCUACCUCUUCAAGGUUCUCCGGGCACACAUCCUGCCGCUGACAAACGUCGCUCUUAACAAAUCUGGCUCGUGCUUUAUCACAGGGAGCUACGACCGGACGUGCAAGGUGUGGGACACCACGUCGGGGGAAGAGCUGCACACGCUGGAAGGCCACGGCAACGUGGUAUACACCAUCGCCUUCAACAAUCCCUACGGUGACAAAAUUGCCACUGGAUCCUUCGACAAGACUUGCAAACUGUGGAGUGCAGAGACGGGAAAAUGCUACCAUACCUUUCGGGGCCACACGAAAGAGAUCGUGUGUUUGUCAUUUAACCCUCAAAGUACGGUGGUGGCCACUGGAAGUAUGGAUAGAACAGCCAAAUUGUGGGACAUUGAGAAUGGAGAUGAAGUGUUCACUCUAACGGGACACCUGGCAGAGGUUAUUUCCUUGUCCUUUGAUACCUCAGGAAACAGAAUCAUCACGGGGUCCUUCGAUCACACAGUUGCGGCGUGGGACACGGCGACGGGAAGGAAGAUGUACACCCUAAUUGGUCACUCCGCAGAGAUCAGCAGUGCUAUGUUCAACUGGGAUAGCUCGCUCAUAUUAACAGGCUCUGUGGACAAGACCUGUAUGUUGUGGGACGCUACAAAUGGGAAAUGUGUGACGACAUUGACAGACCAUGACGAUGAAGUGCUGGACAGCUGCUUUGACUACACUGGAAAGCUCAUUGCCACAGCUUCGGCGGAUGGGACAGCAAGAAUUUAUUGUACAGCCACAAGAAAAUGCAUUAUCAAAUUGGAAGGCCAUGAAGGUGAAAUUUCAAAGAUUUCUUUCAACCCCCAAGGCACCCGGCUCCUGACGGGCAGCUCUGACAAGACAGCCAGGAUCUGGGACGUGCAGACUGGCCAGUGCCUCCAGGUCUUGAAGGGGCACACGGAUGAGAUCUUCUCAUGUGCUUUCAACUAUAAAGGCAACCUAGUCAUUACAGGUAGCAAGGAUAACACCUGCAGGAUAUGGCGCUGA